AUGAGUGAUCAGGUUUGGGCACUCCGGGCGCUGUGCCGUGGCUGCGCUGCGGGGGCGGCCGAGCGGAGCAGAGCGCACCAUUCCCCGCACCAGGGAAAGACUCCAGUCCAGCUCCCACACGAAUCUGCACCAGGUUUGAAUAAUCACUCGGACCUGCCGAACUUCAGACAUGAGGAGAAACCAGUGAGGAUCAGCACCGGCCCUUUGGACAACAGGCAACUCUGUGGAGGAUGCCCUAUCAAGACGAAUAUGGCUCAUUCAAGAAUUAACUCUCUACACAUCUUCUACCUCAGUUUUUUGCUGCUCAUCCAUUUAAAAAAAUCACUUUGCAUGAGGAAUGAUUCCAGGUGCCUGUCAAACUCUUGCCAAAAGAACUCUACAUGUGUUGCUGGUCAUCAAGAUGACCCUUGCCUUUGUGCAGAUGCUUCAGUGGACAGUGUGGAGGAGCUCUGCAACAAAACCUCCAAUCCUUGCUCCUCAAACCCUUGUCUCCAAAACGCUACCUGCCUAGGCUCUGCUGGAAACCUCAGCUUCACCUGCAAGUGCCCUGCUGGCUAUAAUGGACCUACCUGUGAAAGAGCUGACAGUGACUGUGACACUAAUCCAUGUGAGCAUGGAGGCACCUGCCAAAGUGGCCUGGCAGGGCCCACCUGCCUCUGCAGUGCCGGCUACACCGGGAGGCUGUGCGAGAGAGAUUUGGAUGAGUGCAUCUCUGAGCCAUGCCGCAACGGGGCCCUCUGCAGGGAUGGCGUGGACGAGUAUUUCUGCUACUGCGUCCCAGGCUACCAGGGCAGGCAUUGCGACCUGGAAGUGAAUGAAUGUGCCUCAGAUCCGUGCCUGAACGGGGCAACGUGCCUCAACCAGAUAGGGCACUAUGACUGCAUCUGUCCCCUUGGCUACACAGGUACGAACUGUGAGGUGGAAAUCGAUGAGUGCUUGUCCCAGCCAUGCCUGAACGGGGGGACCUGCCACAAUUCCCUGGGGAGUUUCUCCUGCUUGUGCAUGCGGGGCUUCCUUGGGGACCUCUGCGACAGCGACAUUGACGAGUGCUCCAGCCAGCCCUGCCUCCAUGGGGGACACUGCAUGGAUGGGGCCAACGGAUACAGCUGCAACUGCACUGGGACUGGAUUUAUGGGCUCGCACUGCGAGACCCUCGCUCCCUUAUGUUGGUCACAACCAUGCUACAACAAUGCCACUUGUGAGGACCUUGCUGACAAUUACACAUGCCACUGUUGGCCAGGGUACGCGGGCUCCCGCUGCGAGCAGGACAUCGGCGAGUGCCGCAGCAGCCCCUGCCUCUCCGGCGGAAUCUGCGUGGAGCGCUCCUGGGCCGGCCACUACGGGCUCGUCCCGGGGCUGCCGUCCGCCUUCCGCUACGACCGGGCCGAGGGCUACAUCUGCCGCUGCCCGCCGGGCUUCGCCGGUACUCACUGUGAUGAAGAUGUCAACGAAUGUUACACAAACCCUUGCCAAAAUGGUGGGAUCUGUGAGAAUUUUCCUGGAAAUUACACUUGCCAUUGCCCACCUGCAGACAAAGAAGGGAUUUUUUAUGGUGGCUGGAACUGUACAGAAGUUCUGCAUGGCUGUACUGAUCAUCAAUGCCAAAACAAUGGAAUAUGUAUCCCACAUUUAAAAAAUGGCCAACACGGAUUCAGCUGCAUAUGUUCACCUGGGUAUACUGGAAUACACUGUGAAACUGUAACCACAUUUUCUUUUCAAGGGAACAGUUUCCUUUUGUUGAAGAAUCCCCAGACCCAUAAAAAGGAUUUUUUCUAUAAUAUAAACCUGAGGUUUCAAACUGUGCAACCCACAGCUUUUCUGUUUCAACGAGGGGAGAAAAACACCUUUGCAAAGUUGGAAGUACUGAAUGGCUACUUACAGUUAUCCGUGCAAGUCAAUAAUCAGCCACAGGCUCUUUUGCAUAUUCCACAUAAUGUCAGUGAUGGAGAAUGGCAUUCAGUGGAGGUAACCUUGGCAAGAGCUGUUAUUCUUAAUUUGCUUGACAGCUCUUGUGUCGAAUCCUGUCUCAAUAAAACAUCUGCUAAGAUAGAUAACGAGCUGGUGAUGUUUGCAUUUCAGAGCACGUUUUUGGGCGGCUUACCAGUGGGGAACAGCAACUCUCUACAGAACACCUUUAAUACACAUUCUGCACCUUCAUUUGUAGGCUGUCUUCAGGAUAUUGAGAUAGACUUGAAUGUUAUUACUCCAGAGAAUGUAUCAUCUGGGUCAUCUUUAAAUGUCAGGACAGGAUGUGCUAAAAAGGACUGGUGUGUUCCCCACCCGUGCCAGAACAGGGGACGCUGCAUCAACCUGUGGCUGAGCUACCACUGUGACUGCUACCGGCCCUACACAGGGCCAGACUGUGCAACAGAGUACAUUCCAGGCCGGUUUGGAUUCGAGGACUCCUCAGGCUAUGCUGCUUUUCCUGUUGAUUCCAUUGAGAAUGAGAACUUCAUCAUAUCAAUGUUUGUCCGAACACGCAAAUCUUCUGGCUUGUUACUGGCUCUGAGAAACAGUACUUACCUCUACAUAAGAGUCUAUUUGGAAGAUGGAAAACUCACCAUGCUAGCUCUAAAUUCCAUGAAGUUAUUAGGGAAACACUCUGUGAAUGAUGGAAACUUUCACUUAAUAACAUUAAAAAUAGAACCAAAUAAGAUGGAGUUGUUCCAGUCCUCUCACUACCUAGGCUUUAUUUCUACUCCAGCACUAACCAUCCAAAGUAAGGAUAUUCUUUACAUUGGAGGCCUACCAGAUAACACAGAGACUGAUAGAAAUGGCAGGUAUUUCAAAGGCUGUAUCCAAGAUGUAAGAGUGAAUAACCAGCCGCUGGAAUUCUUCCCCAUCACCAAUCCACUGAAUUCUACCAACCGAACUCUGAUCAAUGUCACCAAAGGCUGCACUGGUGACAACCUCUGCAAGUCCAACCCUUGUCACAACGGUGGUGUGUGCUAUUCAAUCUGGGAUGACUUCACUUGCACGUGCCCCCCUAACACAGAGGGGAAGGCAUGUGAGGAAGUUAAGUGGUGUGAGCUUGGGCCCUGUCCUCAUGAAGCACAAUGCCAGCUGGUGCACCAAGGAUUUGAAUGUCUUGCUAACGCAGUGUUCAGUGGCCGGAGCAGUGCGAUAUUUUACAGAAGCAAUGGGAAAAUCAGCAGAGACCUCACUAAUAUCGUCUUUGGCUUUCGAACCAGGGACACUGACGUGAUCCUGCUGUAUGCAGAGAGGGAGCCUGAGUUUGUCAUCAUCAGUAUACACAACUCCAAACUCCUGUUUCAAUUACAAAGUGGCAACAGCUUCUACAGGCUGACCCUUGUGAGUUCAGAGCCUGUGAGCGACGGCAAAUGGCACCAAGUGAUGGUCUCUAUGGUGGAGCCCCUGUCCCAGUCCUCCAGAUGGCACUUAGAUAUAGACAAGAAAGACAUGGCAACCAGCACAGCUGCUGCAGGAAGCCUCAACUUUUUAAGAGAAGAGACAGACAUCUAUGUGGCUGACAAGGCUUUUGACAGCCUGGAUGGCCUGCGAGGGUGCAUGAGCACCAUAGAAAUCAGUGGCAUUUAUCUCUCAUACUUCGAAAAUGCUGACAUACCUACUAAAAAACCUCAAGAGGAGCAAUUUCUCAAAAUAUCUGCAAACCCUGCUCUUACUGGCUGUUUGCAGGUAGAUUUCUGCAGCUCUGACCCCUGUAUGCAUGGGGGCAUAUGUGAAGACUUGUACACUUCCUACCACUGUGUAUGUCCCGAUGGAUGGACUGGCACCUACUGUGAAGUCAACAUUGAUGAGUGUUCUUCAAACCCCUGCAUCUAUGGGAACUGCACAGAUGGGACUGCCUCCUACGAGUGCAGCUGUGAGCCUGGUUACACUGGGGAGAACUGUGAGGAGGAUAUAGAUGACUGCCGUGGCCACCAGUGCUUGAAUGGGGCCACUUGUGUGGAUGGGAUUAAUGGAUACUCCUGCCUGUGUGCUGCUAACUUCACAGGGAGAUUUUGCAGAUAUCGAAGAUUACCUUACACAGUUUGUGGGAAUGAAGAGAGGAACCUCACGUGUUUCAACUACGGCAACUGCACUGACCUCGGCAGUGAGCUGACCUGCAUGUGCCUGCCGGGGUUUGUGGGAGAACGUCUUUCCUCCAGGUGUGAGAAGGACAUUGACGAGUGCAGCUCUGACCCAUGUCUGAACGGGGGCCUCUGCCAGAACCUCCUCAACAAGUUCCACUGCCUGUGUGACGUGAACUUUGCUGGAGACCGCUGUGAGAUUGAUAUGACUGAGGAAACUAUAUCCAAUAAUCAUUUACUCACUGCACAUGACUACAGUAUAUUGGUGAACUCCAAAAUAGGAAAAAAUCUGCUUCAAACUAACAGUGAUCAAAUAAGAUUUCCCACCAUGGCAGAAUCGUUACCAUUGAUGGUAGGAGCUAGAGAGGGCUCAGCUGUAUUCCAGUGCCAGGUUGAAUGUGGGCUGGCAGCUGACUUGAUCUCGAGCAUAUUCACAGCCAUUGGCUUGGUGACGCUGGCCCUGCUGGUGGUGCUGUCCUUGGCCAUGGUGGUCUCCGCUGUCACUGCCAGCAAACGGGCGACACAGGGCACCUACAGCCCCAGCCGCCAGGAGAAGGAAGGGUCCCGGGUAGAGAUGUGGAACAUGGUGCAGCCACCACCUGUGGAAAGACUGAUCUAGAAGAAAGCAAAGCCACUCCUCCAUCCUCAGACAUGGCUGAAAGGGGACACUGAACAUAUGUAAGAUAUAUUCAUUUUCCUUCUGAUAAAUAUUACAACAAUUUUGUCACUGCUUUCCUUUUAAGUUCAGUAGUGAACAAAUGACAUUUAUCAUUGCUGAUGACCAGCCCAUCCAAGGACAAUUUUUAUUUGCACUGGAAACUCCAGCCUUGAUAAUCAGCAGUAGGCAUUAUGGACAGUAAUGGCUCCUGGAAUAAAGGUAACUGCCUGUCCUGGACACCACACGGAUAACAGCUUCUCCUUUUGCACUCUCCUUUGGCUGCCUAGCAAUCACUGCUGCAGAAGAUGAUGCAGACAAAUCAGCUAAGCCUGUACAAUAAAGACAUUGUAAUUCUUUUAUCGAAGGGUUUAGUACUAGAACUAGAUGCUUCAAAUUUGUUUUUCUUCCUUCUAGUUCUUUUGUUUCACUUCCUGUUCCUCCACCUUCUACUGAAAUGAAGGUGAAAGAAAUUUUCCACAAGCACAUAUUUCUCUUAAGAUAAAAGACUGUGGCAUAAAAUACCCAGUGGUCACAACCUGACCUGUUAGGAGAUAUGAAAUCUAAAUAUCCUAAACAAGUUGUGUGCAUCCACACUACUGCCUUUCUCCUAUUACAAUAUUACCCAAUCAUCCCUUUUAGAAAAUUAUUGCUUCUCACAUUGCAAACGUACAUUGGCUGCCAAAAUGAAAGAUGCCAAAAGAAAUGUUUCCUAAAGCUCAUGGAAAAUACCAGGAAAGAGGCAGAAGUGGCCUACAGGUAGAACAUUGGCUUGAAAAUAAUUAGGCCAAACUUGGUGCUUCUCCUGGAACUCAGACUUCUCAUAAGAUCAUGGGC